CUUCGUCCAACACUUUAUUUUAAAAUUCCUUGGUAGUAGGUCGGAUUGCAAUAGAUUUACAUUUCUGGAUUAGUGUAUAAUGUUCACAGUGGAUGCAGGCGAAGGAUCAUCAGUUGCAAACGAGACUCCAUUGAAAAGCCAAUUCCACGAGCAGAAGUUAGUGGAGCACUAUUGCCGGCAGACGCAGCUGCUCAAGCUGGUCCAGGGUUCCUCUGGCCGCUUUGUGGCGAACUAUAGGAGCUCCCGGCGGCCAGAGGACCUGCUGGCCCCCAUCCAGCUGCGUCUGGACUUCGAAUACCGGCAACUACUCGAAAUCUCACCACAGCUACUGCAGCUCAUCGUCGAGGAGCCGCUGCAGUUCCAAGAAGCGGUCCGCUACUCGGUUUAUGGCUUGAUCCGCUCACAUCUCAAGGACGCUGGCCUAAAGGCCAUCGAUAUCAACCAGCUGCACGCCCACUGGCGCCUGGUGGGACUGCCCUUUACGCCGGGCCUGCAGUUCGAGCCGCGGGAUCAGUUGAUCCGGCUGGGUUUGUCCCAGAUCCGGGGCAUCCUAGCCGCCUUUACGCCGCAAGAAACACUGGUCUUGCAAUCGAUCUGGUACUGCGGCAGUGGCUGUAUGCGAAAUGCCAUACAGACCAGCUCAACAGAUGCACCCUUUUGUUCGAGCUGCUCGCGGCCCAUGAGUGAAUACCAAAAGCUACGCGUCACUGAAACGUAUCGAAUCUUAGCUAUCUUGCCUAUUUCAGCAGUUCAAACACCUCGUGUCACCAAUUGCCUUCAUCGCCCCAAAUUAGUUCGACUUAGAGCCCACGCCCACGACUGCGAAUUAAAGUUGGGUGCUAGCUACCUAAUCAGUGGAUACUUUGCCAGCUCAGCCAGCACAUAUCAACUGGAAGCAUGUCAUCUAGGAGUAAACUAGAGAACAAAGAUUCUCGUGGGGACAUUCCC